CUCGCUGCAAGUUCGUUUCGUUUCGUCUCGUCUCCGAUUCGCGGCAAAUAAACAAAUGACCAAAAGGCUAAAAUGGCCAAAAGUCUGUAGUGCGAUUACCUGUUGCUCGGUUGACUUUGUGCCGCUGGAAAAGCGAACAAUCAGCGCGCUGCACUUUUCCCUCGAUUUGCUGAAAAGUAAUACAGCAGCAGCGAAGAGGAACGAGGGAACGAAGGAACUUGGUAUCUGGAUGCCAACCCAUCAGGAUCAGUAAAUGAAGGAGGACGAAUAUGGUGAUUGUAACACGUGGUGACUACAUCUGGAUAGAGCCCGCCUCGGGGCGAGAAUUCGAUGUGGCCAUUGGAGCACGUGUCGUCUCCGCGGAGGGUCGUCGCAUCCAGGUGCGCGAUGACGAUGGCGACGAGGUGUGGCUGGCACCGGAGCGCCGCAUCAAGGCCAUGCACGCGUCCUCCGUCCAGGGAGUGGAGGACAUGAUAUCCCUGGGUGAUCUGCACGAGGCUGGCAUCUUGCGGAAUCUGCUCAUCAGAUACAAGGAGAAUCUUAUAUACACAUACACCGGCUCCAUAUUGGUUGCCGUUAAUCCCUACCAGAUCCUGCCCAUCUACACGGCCGAUCAGAUAAAGCUCUACAAGGAGCGUAAAAUCGGAGAGCUGCCGCCGCACAUCUUUGCGAUUGGGGACAAUGCGUAUGCGCACAUGAAGCGCUAUCGCCAGGAUCAGUGCAUCGUGAUUUCGGGAGAGUCGGGAGCUGGAAAAACGGAGAGCACCAAGCUGAUCCUGCAGUAUCUGGCUGCGAUUAGUGGCAAGCACUCGUGGAUCGAACAGCAAAUUCUCGAGGCGAAUCCUAUACUAGAAGCAUUCGGAAAUGCCAAGACCAUACGCAAUGAUAAUUCUUCAAGGUUUGGCAAAUACAUAGAUAUACACUUUAGCGCCAAUGGCGUGAUCGAGGGAGCCAAGAUCGAACAAUAUCUGCUGGAGAAGUCACGAAUUGUUUCCCAGAAUCAUAGCGAACGCAAUUAUCAUGUAUUUUACUGCAUAUUGGCUGGACUUUCCUCGGAUGAGAAGAGUCGCCUUGAUUUGGGCAUGGCGGCGGACUAUAAAUAUCUGACUGGUGGCAAUAGCAUCACUUGCGAGGGACGUGACGAUGCCGCCGAAUUCUCCGACAUUCGAUCCGCCAUGAAGGUUCUGCUCUUCUCGGAUUCAGAAAUCUGGGAGAUUAUCAAGCUGCUGGCUGCCCUGCUGCACUGCGGCAACAUCAAGUACAAGGCGACGGUGGUGGAUAAUCUGGAUGCCACCGAGAUACCGGAACACAUAAAUGUGGAGCGGGUUGCUGGACUACUAGGACUACCUAUUCAGCCGCUAAUUGAUGCCUUAACCCGUCGCACGCUCUUUGCUCAUGGCGAAACAGUGGUGUCCACUUUGUCGCGGGAUCAAUCGGUGGAUGUGCGGGAUGCCUUUGUGAAGGGAAUUUACGGCCGAAUGUUUGUGCACAUUGUGCGAAAGAUCAACACGGCGAUUUUCAAGCCGCGCGGCACUUCACGCAAUGCCAUCGGCGUUCUGGACAUCUUUGGCUUCGAGAACUUCGAUCAGAACAGCUUCGAGCAGUUCUGCAUCAACUAUGCCAAUGAGAAUCUGCAGCAGUUCUUUGUGCAGCACAUUUUCAAGUUGGAGCAGGAGGAGUACAACCACGAGGCCAUUAAUUGGCAGCACAUUGAGUUUGUGGACAAUCAGGAUGCCCUCGAUUUGAUAGCCAUUAAGCAGCUGAAUAUUAUGGCUUUGAUCGAUGAGGAGGCGCGGUUUCCCAAGGGCACGGAUACCACGAUGCUGGCCAAGCUGCACAAAACCCAUGGAGCGCACAAGAACUAUCUGAAGCCCAAGUCGGAUAUUAAUACGAGUUUCGGACUGAAUCACUUUGCAGGCGUUGUAUUCUAUGAUACGCGUGGUUUCCUGGAUAAAAACAGGGACACCUUUAGUCCGGAUCUAUUGCAUUUGGUCAGCCAGAGUGGCAACAAGUUCCUUCGCCAAAUCUUUGCCCAGGACAUUGAAAUGGGUGCCGAGACGAGGAAGCGAACGCCGACGCUAUCUACUCAGUUCAGGAAAUCCCUCGAUGCGCUGAUGAAAACGCUCUGCAGUUGCCAGCCCUUCUUUAUACGUUGUAUUAAACCGAAUGAGUUGAAGAAACCGAUGAUGUUCGAUCGUGGUUUGUGCUGUCGUCAACUGAGAUACUCUGGCAUGAUGGAAACCAUAAGGAUUCGCCGCGCUGGCUAUCCAAUCAGACAUGGCUUCAGGGAGUUUGUGGAGCGCUAUCGCUUUUUAAUACCCGGUGUACCGCCGGCGCAUCGCACGGACUGCCAGGCGGCCACCUCGAGGAUUUGCGCUGUUGUGCUCGGCAAAUCGGACUAUCAGCUGGGACACACAAAGGUCUUUCUGAAGGAUGCCCACGAUCUGUUUCUGGAGCAGGAACGGGAUCGCGUGCUGACGCGAAAGAUACUCAUCCUGCAGAGAAGCAUAAGGGGAUGGGUAUAUCGCAGAAGAUUCCUGCGACUGCGAGCCGCUGCCAUCACCGUGCAGAGAUUCUGGAAGGGCUACGCGCAGCGCAAGCGUUACAGGAAUAUGCGCGUGGGCUAUAUGCGUUUGCAGGCCCUGAUUCGCUCGAGAGUCCUCUCCCAUCGCUUCCGCCAUUUGAGGGGACAUAUCGUUGGUCUGCAGGCCCAUGCCCGCGGCUAUUUGGUGAGGAGGGAAUAUGGUCACAAGAUGUGGGCCGUAAUCAAGAUUCAGUCGCAUGUGCGACGCAUGAUUGCCGUGCGUCGGUAUCGCAAGCUGCGUCUGGAGCACAAACAAUUCGCGGAGGUUCUGCAGCUGCGCAAGCUGGAGGAGCAGGAGCUGCUGCAUCGCGGCAAUAAGCAUGCCAGGGAAAUUGCCGAGCAGCAUUAUCGGGAUCGUUUGCACGAGCUGGAGCGUCGGGAGAUCCAGGAGCAGCUCGAGAAUCGCCGGCGUGUGGAGGUCAACAUGAAUAUUAUCAAUGAUGCGGCAAGGAAACAGGAGGAGCCGGUCGACGAUGGCAAGCUGGUGGAGGCCAUGUUCGAUUUUCUGCCCGAUUCCAGUAGCGAUGCCCCCACUCCGCAUGGCGGCAGGGAAACCUCGGUGUUUAACGAUCUGCCUCAUGCGCAAAAUGUCAACCAGGAGGAUAUCAUAGCACCCAUACACAUUUCCGAGGACGAGGAGGAUUUGUCGGAGUUCAAGUUUCAGAAAUUCGCCGCCACCUACUUCCAGGGCAAUGUGAAUCAUCAGUACGCCAAGAAGGCUCUGAAGCAUCCCCUGCUGCCGCUCCACACGCAGGGCGAUCAGCUGGCCGCCCAGGCCUUGUGGAUCACCAUACUCAGGUUCACGGGUGAUAUGCCGGAGCCAAAGUAUCAUACGAUGGAUCGAAUGGACACCACAUCCGUAAUGUCCAAGGUGACGGCCACUUUGGGGCGCAAUUUUAUCAGGAGUAAGGAAUUCCAAGAAGCGCAGCUCAUGGGCCUGGAUCCCGAUGCCUUCCUCAAGCAAAAGCCGCGCUCCAUUCGCCACAAACUAGUUUCACUAACGCUGAAGCGAAAGAACAAGCUGGGUGAGGAUGUGCGUCGCCGUCUGCAGGAUGAUGAGUACACGGCGGAUAGCUAUCAGUCGUGGCUGCAAUCGCGGCCCACCUCCAACCUGGAGAAGCUGCACUUUAUCAUUGGCCACGGCAUCCUGCGCGCCGAGCUGCGUGACGAGAUCUAUUGCCAGAUUUGCAAGCAGCUAACGAACAAUCCACUGAAAUCCUCGCAUGCCAGGGGUUGGAUUUUGCUUUCACUUUGCGUGGGCUGCUUUGCGCCGUCGGAGAAGUUUGUCAACUAUCUGAGGGCCUUCAUCCGCGAGGGUCCCCCAGGAUAUGCGCCCUACUGCGAGGAGCGACUGAAGCGAACCUUUAACAAUGGCACCCGCAAUCAACCGCCUUCUUGGCUGGAAUUGCAGGCCACCAAAUCGAAGAAGCCCAUCAUGCUGCCUAUCACGUUUAUGGAUGGCAAUACCAAGACUUUGCUGGCCGACUCCGCCACCACGGCGAGGGAAUUGUGCAAUCAAUUGUCGGACAAGAUAACCUUGAAAGAUCAGUUUGGUUUCUCACUGUACAUAGCGCUUUUCGAUAAGGUCAGCUCGUUGGGAAGCGGUGGCGAUCAUGUGAUGGACGCCAUCUCGCAGUGCGAGCAAUAUGCCAAGGAGCAGGGCGCCCAGGAGCGGAAUGCCCCCUGGCGUCUGUUCUUCCGCAAGGAGAUCUUCGCCCCCUGGCACGAGCCCACCCACGAUCAAGUGGCCACCAAUCUCAUUUACCAGCAGGUCGUGAGGGGCGUGAAGUUCGGCGAAUAUCGCUGCGACAAGGAGGAGGAUCUGGCCAUGAUUGCUGCCCAGCAAUACUUCAUCGAGUACUCCACCGAUAUGUCGAUGGAGCGGUUGUUCACCCUGUUGCCUAAUUUUAUACCCGACUUUUGUUUGAGUGGCGUGGACAAGGCCAUCGAGCGUUGGGCCGCUUUGGUUCUGCAGGCCUACAAGAAAUCCUACUACGUCAAGGACAAGAUUGCGCCGCUAAAGAUCAAGGAGGAUAUCGUCAGCUAUGCCAAGUACAAGUGGCCCCUGCUCUUCUCCCGUUUCUACGAGGCCUAUCGCAACUCUGGGCCGAAUCUGCCGAAGAACGAUGUAAUCAUAGCCGUCAAUUGGACGGGCGUCUAUGUGGUGGACGAUCAGGAGCAGGUUCUGCUGGAAUUAAGCUUCCCCGAGAUCACUGCCGUCUCCAGUCAGAAGACCAACAAAGUGUUCACCCAGACUUUUAGUUUAUCCACGGUUCGCGGCGAGGAGUUCACGUUCCAGAGUCCCAAUGCUGAGGAUAUUCGAGAUCUAGUUGUCUACUUCUUGGAUGGCCUGAAAAAGCGAUCGAAAUUUGUUAUAGCCCUGCAGGACUAUCGUGCUCCAUCGGAUGGAACGAGUUUUCUGUCCUUCUUCAAGGGCGACCUUAUCAUUCUGGAGGAUGAAUCUUGUGGCGAGUCCGUGCUGAACAACGGUUGGUGCAUAGGACGCUGCGAUCGCUCCCAGGAACGUGGUGAUUUCCCAGCCGAAACGGUGUAUGUUCUGCCCACGCUCAGCAAGCCACCGCAGGAUAUUUUGGCCUUGUUCAACAUCGAGGAGGCUCACCACGGCCGGCGACUUAGUAUGGCCUCGAAUGGCGGGGCUGUGGAGCCCAGAGAUCGACCGCAUACGUUGAUGGAAUAUGCCCUCGAUCAUUUCCGUUUGCCGCCCAAACGAACCAUGUCGAAAACUCUAACCCUAAGUUCGAAACGCAGCGAAGAGCUGUGGCGCUACGCGCGGGAUCCCAUCAAGGCGCCCCUGCUACGCAAGUUGCAAAGCAAGGAGGAGUUCGCCGAGGAGGCCUGCUUCGCCUUUGCAGCCAUACUAAAGUACAUGGGAGAUUUGCCCUCGAAAAGGCCGCGAAUGGGCAACGAGAUCACGGAUCACAUAUUCGAUGGACCGCUAAAGCAUGAGAUUUUGCGGGAUGAGAUCUAUUGUCAGCUGAUGAAGCAGCUGACGGACAACCGCAAUCGGAUGUCCGAGGAGCGGGGCUGGGAACUGAUGUGGUUGGCCACGGGUCUAUUUGCCUGCUCGCAGGGUUUGCUCAAAGAAUUGCUUUUGUUCCUGCGCACGCGACGUCAUCCCAUUUCUCAGGACUCGAUGCAUCGACUGCAAAAGACCAUACGUCAUGGACAACGCAAAUAUCCGCCGCAUCAGGUGGAAGUGGAGGCCAUACAGCACAAGACCACGCAGAUCUUUCACAAGGUCUACUUCCCGGACGACACGGACGAGGCCUUCGAGGUCGACAGCUCCACGCGGGCCAAGGACUUUUGCAAUAAUAUCUCGCAACGUUUAUCGCUGCGCACCAGCGAGGGUUUCUCACUGUUUGUCAAGAUCGCCGAUAAGGUCAUCUCGGUGCCCGAGGGUGAUUUCUUUUUCGAUUUCGUACGCCAUCUAACCGAUUGGAUUAAGAAGGCGCGACCCAUACGCGAUGGAGCCAAUCCGCAGUUCACCUACCAGGUCUUCUUCAUGAAGAAACUGUGGACAAACACAGUGCCAGGCAAGGAUCGGAAUGCCGAUCUCAUUUUCCACUACCACCAGGAGUUGCCCAAGCUGUUGCGCGGCUAUCACAAGUGUUCCCGCGAGGAGGCGGCCAAGCUGGCUGCCCUCGUCUUCCGCGUGCGAUUUGGUGAAAAUAAACAAGAACUACAGGCCAUACCGCAAAUGCUGAGGGAACUUAUUCCAUCGGAUAUCAUGAAAAUGCAGAGCACUAGCGAAUGGAAGCGGUCGAUUGUGGCCUCAUAUAACCAGGAUGGCGGCAUGACUUCCGAGGAUGCCAAGGUGGCCUUCUUGAAGAUUGUAUAUAGGUGGCCUACUUUUGGCUCUGCUUUUUUUGAGGUGAAACAAACCACCGAACCGAAUUAUCCCGAAAUGCUAUUGAUAGCCAUUAACAAACACGGCGUGAGUCUCAUACAUCCAGUGACCAAGGACAUUUUGGUCACGCAUCCAUUUACACGCAUCUCGAAUUGGUCCUCGGGCAAUACAUAUUUCCACAUGACCAUCGGAAAUCUGGUUAGGGGCUCGAAACUGCUAUGCGAAACGUCGCUCGGCUACAAAAUGGACGAUCUGCUGACUUCAUAUAUUUCGUUGAUGUUGACCAAUAUGAACAAAAAUCGAACCAUACGAGCCAACUAGUAAAACCUACAAUUACCGCAAAUAUUUAUAAUAAUUAUAAAUUACGAUUGCAAUAACUUAUACACAAGCCUAGUACUUUAUAGUCGUAAGUCAUUCCUUAUACACCCCCCGCCCACCCUUCGCUCUAAUUGCAUUCCCUUCGCAGAGAAUUCAUUCCAAUUUUGGUCUUGUUCAGCUAUCGAUUAUACCAAACCAAUUUCCAAACUCGCGUUUUGUUUUUAGUUUUUGUUUUUUCUUUGUAUAAAUUUUGCAAUUACUCUCUUAGGUAUUCUUAUGGCACACACAUUCCGGUUAAAUUAUUAAAUACGAGUGUUUUGUAUGAAGAAAAGGUCUUACAUAUCCAUGGAUAAGCAUUUGUAUCUACGCAUUUUGCACCUAUCUCUUUGUAUAUCCUAACUGCAUAUCUGUACUGAUGACGUUUUGUAUCAAAUACAUAGAAAUGUUCAAUUAUUUAAUAAAUUAUAUACAAUUUAA